AUGGCCGAAUUUCUCAUCAAGGACGAGGAUUUACUCAGCCUCAAGGGCGCGGUUGUGAUCGUCACAGGCGGUUCGUCAGGUAUAGGCCUAGCAACAGUCAACCUGCUGCUAUCAUUAGGGGCAUCGGUCGUCAGUGGCGAUAUCCAGCCGCCAGCCACCGCCGAGUCGGCAGAAACGCCUGCCUUGCUGUUUGUGCAAACCAAUGUGACUAGCUGGGCCGACCUGAGCACGUUGUUUAAGAAAGCGAAGGAACACUAUGGCCGGGUCGACUACGUUUUUGCUAACGCCGGCAUUGGUCCCCGCGCCGACUACUUAGCCAUUGAAGCAGACGAGAACGGGGACCUGAAGGAACCAAACCACGAAGUUUUGGACAUCAAUUUGAAAAGCGUCAUCAACACAGCUUGUCUAGCCGUUCAUUUUAUGAAACAGCAACCCGAAGGCGGUAGUGUUGUGCUCAUGGGCUCCAGCACCGGCUUACAGCCCUUUCGAGCUCCCGAUUACUCUACGGCCAAACACGGUGUCCUGGGGUUUGGGAGAGGUUAUGCACGGCUUAUGGAGACUGCGGGACUUCCUAUUCGCAUCAACACUCUCAUGCCAUCAUGGACGACGACCAGCGUCCUCCCCAACAUGGAAGACAUCAUGAAGGGAAUCUCCCACAACGCGCAACCCGGCUCGGUGGUUGCGCGCGCUGCUGCUUAUCUGAUGAUCGAUGCAUCUAGACAGGGAAACGUGGUUUAUGUCGCUGAUGGGAAGUACCAGGAAAUCGAAAUGGCCGUGCUUGGGCCUGCGUACAAGUCCAUCAACGGAGAGGGGAAUCCUAGCGAUGACGAAAUUCUGAAGCGUAUAUUAGGACUAGCUGGGCAAUGA